CGGUACGCCAGGGAAGAGCGCAACACCGGAAUACUAAUCGAAGCGCUGUGCCGUAUGAGAGGUGUAAUACUGUUCGUGCACCCGCUUGGCACUGGUGAACCGGCCAAAAUCUACGGCCACGGGUGUCACGUUUUGAUUGAGGCGGCCGAACAUCAGGGGAAAUAUGCCGCAUUGAACAUACCACUGCCGAACACGGUACGCAUUCAGAAUGGCAUUUUUUCUGGAACUAAUCAACAAUUAUAUUGA